AUGACAAGAAACCGCAUUACAGCAGGACCGAAGUCAGUCGUGUGCCAGGAAACUGAACUUAGGGGUGAAAUCUCAAUUGGUUCUGGAACUGUUCUUCAUCCACAGUGCCGGGUCAUUGCAGAAAAUGGUCCCAUUUACAUUGGAAAGAAUAAUAUCAUUGAAGAGAACGUCAUCAUUUUUAACAAAAAUUCCACGCCACUUGUCAUUGGUGAUGAGAACGAGUUUGAAGUAGGAUGCUACGUUGAAGGUUCACGAAUUGGAAAUAACAACAUAGUUGAAGCUAGAGGUCGUAUCUUGGGAAGCACCGCUGUUGGAAAUUACUGUGUUAUUGGAUCUGCCUGCUCAACAGAAAACAAUGAGACCAUUGCUGACCUUACUGUAAUUUAUGGAGCACAAUCUAAAAGGAGAAUACAGAAUGAACCUCUCUCCACCCAGGCAACACUGCAUGCGAGACAUCUGGAUUAUCUUCGUGAGGUUUUACCCAAGUAUAACCAUUUGAAAAAGCUUGAGUCUAAUUAG